UAGUAUUCUUCCUUCUUUCAAUCUUGUUAUUAAAUAACUUCACCCUCUCCUCAAAUUCUAUCAUCACAGAUAAAAAUGCACUCAUUUCCUUCAAAAACUCCGUCACUUCCGACCCUUAUGCUAUCUUGAGCACCAAUUGGUCCCAAAACACUUCAGUUUGUAAUUGGAUUGGUGUGUCGUGCAGCCUCAAACACCCCCGUGUCACUGCCCUCAAUCUCUCUGGCUAUGGCCUUGCUGGAACUAUCGCUCCACAUCUCAGAAACCUAACGUUUCUCAGAUACUUGGACAUCAGUUCCAACAGUUUCACGGGGAUCUUACCCUUUGAGCUAUCUAAACUGCGUCGUUUGAAGGUGAUAAAUGCGGGAACGAAUUCUUUCACCGGAGAACUACCAACAUGGUUAGGCAGUCUACCUCAAUUAGAACAACUCUAUCUGGAUAACAAUAUUUACUUAGGUACGAUUCCUACAUCUUUGUUUAACAAUUCCAAGCUCCUGUUACAAAUAUUAAGCUUGGAUGACAAUCAGUUAAGUGGGUCCAUACCACAUGGUAUUUUCAAUGUGUCUUCCCUUCGAGAAAUUAGAAUUAGAAAUAAUAGUCUAUCAGGUCACCUCCCAAGUGAUAUAUGUAACAAUAUGACCAUUAUCAAAAUAUUGUCACUCUCAUAUAACCGACUUGAAGGGCAGAUUCCGCCAAAUAUAUGGAAAUGCACACGGCUUGAGAUAGUGUCAUUAUCCUACAACAAUUUCACUGGCAACAUCCCACGUGAAAUUGGGAGACUAAGAAUGCUCACAGUAUUGUACAUGGGGUAUGUUAAUGGUUAUCGAGGUGGAAUUCCAGCUGAAAUAGGAAAUCUUUCAAGACUAGAGAUAUUAGAUAUUGAUAGAGCUUCUCUAACCGGAGAUAUUCCAUCUUCAAUCUUCAACAUGUCUUCUUUAACAUCCUUGAGCUUAUCCGAUAAUAGUUUGUCUGGAAGUAUCCCAACUUUCCACAAUCUACCAAAGCUUGAGGAGUUAUAUCUUGAUAAUAACAAGUUCAAAGGAGGAAUUCCAGCAGAGAUAGGAAAUCUUUCAAAACUAGAGGAAUUAAGCAUAAAAAAUGUUUCUUUAUAUGGAGAUAUUCCAUCUUCAAUCUUCAACAUGUCUUCCUUGAUAUACUUGGAUUUAUCUGACAAUAAUUUGUUAGGAAAUAUUUCAACUUUCUACAAUCUACCGAAGCUUGAGGAGUUAUAUCUUUAUAAUAACAAGUUGACAGGUUGGGCUUUAAAUGACAUGUGCAAUGGUAUGCCCUACAUCAAUCAACUUGAUCUCUCUAAGAACCUACUUGAAGGGAAUAUUCCAUCAAAUAUAUGGAAAUGUAAACAUCUUGAUAGCUUGGUGCUUAGUUUCAACACUUUUAGUGGCAACGUCCCUCGUGCAAUUGGAAAUAUGAGCAUGCUUAGAGAAUUGUACUUGGGGUACAAUUAUUUCACAGGUGAAGUACCACAAAAUAUUGGCAAUCUACCAAUACUCGAGGUGUUGGAUGUGUUCAACAAUUCCUUAUAUGGUUCCAUCCCUUCGUCCAUAUUCAAUAUAUCGACAUUAAAGAAAAUACAAGCUGGAUACAAUGAGUUUUCAGGUACUCUUCCAUCAGACUUGGGGAAUUCACUUGUCAAUCUUGAAAUACUUCUUUUGGAUGUUAACAAACUUAGUGGCAAAAUUCCAACCUCUAUUACCAAUGUUUCUAAACUUGCCUACUUGUCAUUAUCUGGCAACUUAUUUAGUGGCUUCAUACCUGACUUUGGUAAUUUGAAACUCCUCCAAGUACUUGGCCUUGCGGCAAAUAACUUGAGUGGAGCAGAAUUUCCAACUCAUGAAUUGACAUUUUUGUCUUCACUAACUAACUGUCCAAAUUUGAAGAUCUUGGAAGUAUCAGGAAAUCCACUAAAUGGUUUCCUACCCCCUUCAAUUGGAAAUCUUUCCCCAUCUCUUGAGAGUUUUGUAGCGGUAAACAACAACAUCAUUGGUGUUAUUCCGCGAGAAAUAGGAAACUUAAGCACUUUGCUAUUACUAUAUUUGGGUAGUAAUGAGCUAAGUGGACUCAUUCCACCAACAAUUGGUAAAAUGAAGCAACUCCAAAGAAUUGAUCUAAGUGGCAAUCUAUUGGUAGGGUCUAUCCCUAAUGAUCUUUGUCAAAUAAAUCAUUUAGGUGAGUUGAUCCUUCCUGGUAACAUGUUUGUUGGUACAAUACCUGAAUGUUUGGGUGAAGUUAAAUCCUUAAGAGUCAUCAACUUAGAUUCCAACCAAUUGAAUUCAACCAUCCCCACCAAAUUAUGGAGUCUUACAGACCUUGUGACUUUGAGUUUGUCCUCCAAUCACUUGAGCGGUCCAUUGUCAUUUCACAUUGGAAAUUUGAAGUUGAUCAAUUCUUUGGAUUUGUCAUCUAAUCAAUUUUCAGGUCAUAUUACCAGCUUAAUUGAUCGUUGCGAAACAUUAGCUUUUCUCAACUUAUCAAAAAAUUUUCUUAGCGGAUCCAUUCCUCAAUCCUUGGGAAAGGUUAAAGGUCUGAUAGAAUUGGAUUUGUCUUACAAUAAUCUGUCAGGAUCAAUACCCAAGUUCUUAGAAGACCUUCACUUUCUUGAAAGUUUUAAUGUAUCCAAUAACAAAUUGGAAGGGAAAAUUCCAGAAGAGGGUCGUUUUCGUAACUUCACUGCUCAGUCUUUUUCCCACAACUUAGCUCUUUGUGGUGCUAUAAGAUUUGAAGUCCCGCCCUGCCCAACAUAUCGUCAUAGAUCAUGGUUAAAGAAACUCUUGGUGCCAUCAGUGAUUUUAGCCGUCGUUGUUGUGAUUGUUAUCCUUGUUCUUAUAAGAAUGAGUAGAAAGAAAGAAAUACCAAUCACCACUGAUAUCUCACCACCAACUGCUGAGUACAGAAGAAUUUCUUACACUGAACUUGAACGGGGAACAAGUUCAUUUAGUGAAACCAACCUACUUGGAAGAGGUAGUUUUGGUUCUGUAUUCGAAGCAACACUAUCUGAUGGGUUGAAAGUUGCAGUAAAAGUGUUCAACUUGGAUCUACAAGGAUCAACUAAGAGCUUUGAUGCUGAAACUACAAUAUUGAGCAACAUUCGGCAUAGAAACUUGGUUCGAGUUAUAGGAUGUUGUUGUAACAUGGAGUUUAAAGCAAUUAUUCUCACAUACAUGCCAAAUGGAAGCUUGGAUAAGUGGUUACAUUCUGAUAUCAAUGGUUUGGAUCUCAUACAAAGAUUGAAAAUAUCAAUAGAUGUUGCAGUAGCCUUGGAAUAUCUUCACCACAACCAUACUUCCACAGUUGUUCAUUGUGAUAUAAAGCCGGGCAAUGUAUUGCUUGAUCAAGACAUGAUUGCGCAUGUUGCUGAUUUUGGUAUUUCCAAGCUUUUUGAUGGAGGGACAACUAUCAUCCAAACUCAAACAAUGGCGACAAUCGGUUAUGCAGCACCAGAAUUUGGAAUGGAAGGUAUAGUGUCAACAAAAGGGGAUGUAUUCAGUUUUGGGAUACUGCUGCUGGAGAUGUUCACUGGAAAAAGGCCAACUGAUGAUAUGUUCAGUGAAGAAGGGAGCAUAAAAGAGUGGGUAAGUGAAGCAUUAGAGCAAAAUACAGCAACUGAAUUGGUGGCGCCCGCUCUAUUAUCACGUGAAGAUCAACAUUUAUCAGCGAAGGAGCAAUGUUUCGUAUUAAUAUUUGAAUUAGCAAUGAAAUGUUCGGCUGCCUCAAUAGAUGAAAGAAUCAACAUGAUUGAAGCAGCCGCAGCUCUGCGCAAAAUAUAUGCUACAAUUGUAGCAGCUAUAGAAGGACGUCGUCCACGAUAUGCUUUUCCUGUUAGUAUUCACAAUAACGCGGCUUGAUUAUUGUGCAUGUUAUAUGAUACGAGCCGACAUCCACCACGUCCUCCACCGGCCCUCUCACGCCUCAAGGAAACCAAACCGAACACAUAUUGGCAGUAAUGGGUUAUGAUGCUUGUGGCACAGCGAACACAUAUUGUGUAAAAUACUAUGUCAACAGUUCAUGUGGCAUGUAUAAGUUGUGAAGUUGGAAUUUUUGAGCAUGUUAUAUAGUAAUAGUGGGAUUGUGCAUGUAAAUUUUAUAUUGUUGUGCUGGAUUCAUCAGUGUCAAAAGUAGGACAACAUAGAAGUCUGUAACACUCCAACUUUUGCUAUCUUUUAUUAUUCUUGAAAGAGCGUCAAACUUUAAAUCGAACACCGUCCAUGUUAUAUUUUGGGAA